AUGAAGAGCGUUCUCUCCCUCUCGCUUUUGCCGCUCCUCGCGGUUGCGUCACCCAUCUCGGUCGACACCAUCCACAAGGACGCCGCACCUAUCCUUUCAUCAACCAACUCGAAGGAGGUUCCUGAUUCCUACAUUAUCGUUUUCAACAACGAUGUCUCGCCAGCUUCGGUUGCUGCACACCAUACGUGGGUCCAGGACCUGCAUACCACGGUCAUGGCCAAGCGGUCCCUCACAAAACGCAACCAAUUUCCGUUCAAAAACGACGUCUUCGAUGGCUUGAAGCACACUUUUGAUAUUGCGGGGUCGUUGCUGGGUUACUCUGGGCAAUUCGAUGAAGAAGUCAUUGAGCAAGUCCGGAGACACCCGGAUGUCAAAUACAUUGAGAAAGAUUCCGAGGUCCACGCUUUGGAAACUCCUCAAACGCAGACAAAUGCCCCCUGGGGUCUGGCUCGAAUUUCUCAUCGUGACAGCUUAAGUUUUGGCACGUUCAACAAGUACCUCUAUGCCGCAACUGGCGGUGAAGGCGUCGAUGUCUAUGUAAUCGAUACCGGUACCAACACAGAGCACGUGGAUUUUGAAGGCCGUGCUCACUGGGGUAAAACAAUUCCCGCUGGUGACGAAGACGUUGAUGGCAAUGGUCAUGGCACUCACUGCUCUGGUACCGUUGCUGGAAAGAAGUAUGGUGUUGCUAAGAAGGCCAACGUCUAUGCCGUCAAGGUGCUCAGAUCGAAUGGUUCUGGAACGAUGUCAGACGUCGUCAAGGGUGUUGAAUGGGCAGCUGCCAGCCAUGCUCAAAAGAUGGCUGCUGCUAAAAAAGAUGGCAAGAAAUUGAAGGGCAGCGCUGCCAACAUGAGUUUAGGAGGUGCUGUCAACGCUGCCGUGGAUGCGGGUAUCCACUUCGCCGUUGCAGCAGGAAAUGACAACGCCGAUUCUUGCAAUUACUCCCCAGCCGCUGCUGAGAAGGCCGUCACCGUUGGUGCGUCCACUCUUGCUGAUGAGCGCGCAUACUUCUCCAACUACGGCAAGUGCAAUGACAUCUUCGCCCCCGGGUUGAACAUCUUGUCCACUUGGAUCGGAAGCAAAUACGCCGUCAACACCAUCUCUGGUACCUCUAUGGCCUCCCCUCACGUUGCUGGUCUCCUGGCCUAUUUCCUCUCUCUCCAACCCGACCAGGACUCCGCUUUCGCCGUUGAGCCCCUUAGCCCAGCCAAAAUGAAGAAGAAUAUGAUCUCAAUCGGCACUCAGAACGCCCUGACUGAUGUUCCGUCGGAUACCGCCAAUAUUCUCGCAUGGAACGGUGGUGGCUCAUCCAACUACACCGACAUCAUCAAGAAGGGAGGCUAUCAAGCUGCCACCCUUAACGGCAAGGCGGCACACCUGGCUGAGAAGAUUGAGAAAUUCGAGAAGUAUGCAACCAAGGAACUUGGUGCUAUUUAUAGCGAGAUCAAGGAUGCCUUCACUCUCUAA